ACAGUCAGAGGGGAGGGAUGAGGAGGUGAAUUGGGGAAGAAAGAAAGGAGCAGCAGGAGAGUAUCUGGCAGCGGCACUGAUCCCAGCUCCUGUGCGGCACCAAGGGCAGCUCUCCCUCAUUGUCCCCAGCGCUGGACGCAGGACCCGGUCACCCAGCUGGAUGUUGGAAGGAUCAGGACCACCCAGCAAGAAGCACCCAGCCCUGAUCUGUCCUUUGUCUGCAGCUGUAGAGCAGGGGUCCAGGCUGAGCCAUGCCCAGGAAAAGCAUCGUGCAAGUCAGCGUGCAGGACGUGCAGAAGAGGCGCAUCCCCAACAAGCACUAUGUGUAUAUUAUUAAGGUCACCUGGUCAAAUGGCACCACUGAGGUCAUCUAUCGAAGAUACAGCAAGUUCUUUGACCUGCAGAUGCAAAUGUUGGACAAGUUUCCAGUGGAAGGAGGUCAGAAGGAUCCAAAACAGAGAAUUAUUCCAUUCUUACCAGGAAAAAUCUUGUUCCGACGAAGUCACAUACGUGAUGUAGCAGUGCGACGCUUGAUCCCUAUUGAUGAGUAUUGCAAGGCUCUCAUCAGUCUGCCUCCUUAUAUCUCCCAGUGCGAUGAAGUCCUGAAUUUUUUUGAGGCCAGGUUGGAAGACUAUAACCCACCUAAAGAAGAUCCCUUUGGGAGGAAAAAGCUGGGUGUAGACUCUGCAUCCACUGAUGCCUUUAAUCUAGAUCAGUAUGUGGUGGUGGCAGCAUAUGAGAAACAGGAGAGCUCCGAGAUCAGCCUGGGUGUUGGGCAAGUGGUGGAUAUCAUUGAGAAGAAUGAGUCUGGCUGGUGGUUUGUGAGUACUGCAGAUGAGCAGGGCUGGGUACCUGCAACUUGCUUAGAAGCUCAGGAUGGGGGACAGGAUGACUUCACUUUCCAGCCUGAAGAAGCCCCAUGGAGACACUGGUCCUUGCCUAGGCAUGUCGGUCGUCGACGGACUCUUGGGGACUUGUACACCAGUGGAUGGGGUCCAGAGGAGAAGUACAGUGUAAUCUACCCCUACGCUGCAAGAGAUCAAGACGAAAUCACUCUGGACAAAGGGGCCAUAGUAGAGGUCAUUCAGAAGAAUCUGGAGGGAUGGUGGAAGAUUAGGUACAAAGGAGCAGAGGGCUGGGCCCCCGCAUCCUAUCUUAAGAGCGGGGACCUGCUGGCUCAGAAGCUGGCUUCAGGAUCCAGUGCCAAUUCCAGUGCUCUAGACUUGGAUGGGAUCUCCAGGCAGCAGAACUAUGCUGGUCGAGAUCGGGACCUUCCCGGGCGCCAGGUUCCUUUCCCAGACUUUAAACGAAAAUCUCCUACCAUGAGACAGAGACCACCUCCUCGCCGUGAUCUUACUAUUCCCAGGGGACUAAAUCUGCCAAAGCCUCCUACCCCCCCUCAUGUUGAAGAAGAGUAUUACACUAUUGCUGACUUCCAGACUACCAUUCCUGAUGGCAUCAGUUUUCAGGCAGGACUGAAGGUUGAGGUGAUUGAGAAGAACCAUAGUGGCUGGUGGUACAUUCAGAUUGAUGACAAAGAGGGCUGGGCCCCAGCUACCUUUAUUGACAAGUACAAGAAAACGAGCAGUGCUUUAAGACCCAACUUUUUAGCCCCUUUACCCAAUGAAAUGGCCCAGCUGUGCUUGACAAAUGCUUCCGGUGAGCACAGUUAUCAGGAAGAAACCGUCGGUCCUUGUAGACCUCUACCUGAGCCUCCACAAAAUGGUACAGACUCUGUAGCAAAGUGCUCCAAGGAUUGGAAGAAUAAAGAUCAAGGCUUUAAAAGCACUCCAUUGGAUAGCAAAGAACAUGUUUUAAAUAGUGUGUAUGAUGAGGCAGCUGGUGAUGAUGGGGAAGAGAAGCCAAGUCUACCUCCGAGAAGGGAAUCCAUGUUGAAAACAGAUGAUGUUUCUGAGCGACCAAGUAUGCCGCAGCUUCGAGCCCCCCCUCCAAAGCCAUCAGCCAGCAUGAUUUCCACUAGCCCACAGAGACCAUUUCCCCCAAAAGACAUGAAGAAACCUGACUUAAAAAGUGACAAAAGCAAAAUGUUUCAGCUGAAAAAUGAAAUGGGUCUGGAGUGUGGGCAUAAGGUGUCACCAAAAGAACUGAAAAAACCUGUCCUUAAGCCCAUCGCCAGCAAACCUAAACCUGAGUUAUGUUCAGAGAAGCCAGAGUUAAUUGUCCCAAACCCAUUUCAGAAGUCCAAACCCCAGGUCAGGCCCAAACCACUAGCUACAGCUAAAACUGAAGUCAGUACUGAAGAUAAGGUCGAUAUUUCACACCUGAGAAGCCGACUAAAACCUGCUGCCAAAUCUUUAGAUAAAGCCAAAGAACAAGAGCAUAGUGCAAGCAGUGGAGUGAAUGAUGCGCCAUUGUAUACUGCACCUUGUCUCGGGGCUGCUGGCAGACCCCUUGAUAAACCAGAUACAAGACAUCAGUAUAAACAAGACAAUGAUGUUCCUAGAGAGCCACCAUCUAAAGCACUGCCAGUUCCUGUGAGGACUACUGACAGUGAAUCGAAGGCUAUAAAAGACCCACCCCAGAGACCUGUAAUUCCUCCAAGAAGACCCCCUCCUCCUAAGAAAGUGUUUGCUUCCAAUGAAGCAAAUGAGGCAGCAGCAGCACAGCAAAAAGAAAAUGCUGAUUUUAUGGCAAACAGACCAAUACUGGUCCCACCAAAAGCCAAACCAUACCUUCCUUCAUCCAGCAGUGAUGAUACCAAAGUAAGGAAUAGCUUUGUUCCAAAGGCACAGGCACUAAGACAGAUAGAGAAGUCAUUACCUGCUGCACCACUUCCUGAGGUACCCAAAGAUUCCCAUUAUGUGGCUAUUGCCGAUUUUGAUGGGGAUGAAGAUACCAGCAGCUUUAAAGAAGGGACAGUAUUUGAGGUUCAGGAGAAGAGCUCCAGUGGCUGGUGGUUCUGUAGGGUUCUUAGUGGGGGGCCAUUCUGGGAGGGCUGGAUACCUUCCAAUUAUCUAAGAAAGAAGCCAUAAUGGCCUGCUUUUUACAGUUCAGUUCUCUCCCAUUUCAUGUCUAUUUAAUUAGUACACUUAUUUAUAGUUUUUUGGAUUUUACAUAAAGCCUGUUUUUUUUAAUACAUUCCAUUGUUUAUUCACUUCUUUAGAAAAACAAAACAGCAGAGUAGCUUGUUUGCUGAACAGGGUGUAGGUCAGUUUUAGGCAUCUGACCCUCUGUUAUUGAGCUACAGCUCCCAGCAUGUUCUGCCUAACCUAAUCUAGUUGAUUAAUUGUACAUUUAUUUGUCUGUGUGGCCUUCUUAUGGCUCCAGCGUGGGAGGUUUCCCCAUAUCUGGCCUUCUCAGUACAAAGUCUUAUAUUCCAAAUCACAUUUUAGCCACUGUUGACAGUGAUAUAAUGAUAUUGGCAGUAUAGUACAAUGUAAAAUGUUGGGGAACAUUUACUCAAAUAGGAAUAAAACUGAUCAAAAACAGUCUGUGGCAGCAAAUACUAGAUAAAACAGUGAUUAUCUGCAAACCAGGUGUUAGUGUUCCAUUGUUCUAGGACCAUCAAAAGGGGUAGGUUCCCAAUAUAAUGUAUUGCAUAGCUGAUUUUGACCCCUUUUCCAUCUAAUUACGCAGGUCGCAGCCGGGAGACUGACACGGGUGCUACCUGGCUGCGACCCGCGUCAGCCCCCUUUCCAUCUGUCGUUUCCAACCCGGCAUAUUGCUGGGUUGGUGACAUUGCCGGUGACGCAGCGGGGACGGCGCUGGGAGAUCACAUGAUUUCCCAGCGCCACCUUCCCAUACAGUGUGAACGGGAGCCGCGUCGCUUCCGUUUACACUGCACAGCUUACCGGGUUGAACCUGUGUUCAACCCUGCAAGCUACCAGAGUUGGAAUACCGGGUCAAUCGACCCGGAUUAUUCCAACUCAGCCCUUUUACACCAGCCAGCAACACAGGUUAUGCGCGUUCAUGUGCAAUAACCCGUGUUGUAUGCUGGCUGGUGGAAAAGGGGUAUAACUGUACACCAAACAAACAAAUUCUGGACAUCAGUUGGCUUCCUGACCAUCAGGGCAUACCACUGGGUAAUGAAAAUAGUGCACAUACGUCUGCACUAGCUGGAAUGAAAGUCACAAGUGUGUGUUCCACCAUGUCCAUCGGGUCAUAUCACCUGGAAGAAUUUUAUGUGAUUUUUUUUUAUUUUUUUUAUGUGGUCAACAUUAAUGCAUUUCCCCUUCAGUUGCUGUGAUGAAAACCUAUUGAAACAGUAGAUACUUAUAAACUUUUGUUUUGACCAAAUUAGUAGCUGCUGCCUACAAUUCACAGCCCGGCACACUACUGGCAGGAAGAUGGAAAGUGAGAUUAAAUAAACACAUGAAACCACACACCGUUGAAAUAAAGAUUUCCUGCCUAGAACAUAGGAGCUUGUUACCCCUGGAAAGGUUCAAGAUCUGUUCUCCUGGAACUCAAGAAUCUAAACCAGACAAUGGCUGCAGCUGCUUAUCUCUAUCCUAAGGUAGUCCUACAACAAGGUGUCCCCCAGCAGGAACACGUCGUGCAGCUGGAACUCUCUUUGAAUAUAUUUUAAUAUAGCAGCUCUAGUGAAAGACUGAAUUUAUUUGUAACAAAAAAACUAUAACGGAAGGGAUAUAUUUAACGUGCAUUAUUCUUAAAUGUUAUAAACAUUGAUAUAUAUUUUUGUUUCAAAUGACGGAGCCGUGCUCCGUGUCUUUUGCCACUGCCUAUAACUGCUCUAGAACUGUGAUUGGGUCUAUUUGCAGCCAUGUGACAGUUCUGUGUCUUGUUUACUUUACUAGAUGUACAUGAAAACAUCGAGGCAAAACACAUGCGCACAUUGCACAUUUUCCAUUGUACGAUAUUGUAUCCAUGUAGUAUUAUAUAAUCUGAUGUGUCGCUUUACAAAGGAGGUUGAAUACUCUUCUGCAUGUUUCCAAUAGCUUUGUCAGUGUCUAAAAUACUCUAAUUAUAUAUCAAACCAUCCUUUAUUAAUGUCAUUCUAUUUUCUAAGUUGUUAUUCUCCGCUUCCAUAAAAGGGUAUCAUUCUCUACUGCUGCUUUGCCCAAUGAACACCUGUUUCCAUAUACUGUAUCAUGUAAAAUAACCAAGAUAUUUUUGCAACCUUAUUGUUCGUCUUGGAAUGAAAUUACAUGUGAUGGUGCCUUUCUAACUGCCUGUUUGGCUGAAACAUUUUUAAAAUGUGGUGUAUUCAAAUCGAAAUUCUGUGGGCUAAACCAAGUUAUUUUCAUGCUCUUCGCUUAGUCUUGUGAUAGAGCCCAAGUGGCCAUUUUUAUUCCCAUUGUUAGGCCCUCAUAAUGCAUGCUCACUUUGUAGAACAAAAUAAAUCUGGUCCCCGGGUAUUGAAAUUGUGCUUCCAUCAUGGCUGCAAUGAGGACACCAAAGAAGUAGAAUUUUUAUGACCAGGACGUCAAUUAUCGAUAUUUUCUGUAUUUACAUUAGCAAAGUGUCCAUCAUAUACUGUACAAUUAUGUGGCUCACAAUUAAGACAUUUUGAAACUAUGCAGACUCAUUUCUGUAUCUUAUACUGUACCUUUUGUCAAGAUUUUCUGCCAUUGGUGUUCUGUCACUUGUACUACAUCAAUAAAGCUUUUUUUUUAAAUAAAUAAA